UUCUAUGUUCUAAGAAUUUCAUUAAAAGAUAAUAAUGGCAUGUCAAAUACCAGGGUGUACUACCAAAUACUUGGAUAAAAAUAACAAGCUGCAAAUGUUUACAGCUGAUGGGAAAGAAACUUUACUUAGUUGGAAAGAAAUUCUAAAAAGGAAAUACGGAAUCGAAAAUUUUGGCGCAAGUAGUCGAAUAUGCAUGUUGCCGAAAGUGCGAUUGAAAGAACGUAUAAAAAAUACUAUAAAGGUGGUUCAUUUAAAGAAGUAGCAUUAAAGAAACCUAUGUUAUGCUUCGGAGCCAUUCCUACAAUUUUCCCCAGCAAAAUUCCGAGGAAAAAGCAAGAAUAUGCUGUUAAAAUUGUUAAUGCAGAAAUCUCAAAUGAACAAAGAAAUGUAUUUGCAGAAAAUAGGAAUGAGACACGAAAAAGGAAACUUGAAAGUGAAUCUGUUUUGGAAGGAGAAACACCAGAAAAGCAGCUUCAACUGAAAAAUACUUUACAUUCAAAAAUCGUUGAUGAUUUUGUGAAUGGUGUUAGAUUAUUACAAAAUUCAAAUUGGAGUCAAGCAAUUAAUUCUGAGAAAGAAGUCGUUUGGUCAAUGUGGAAGGAAGAUCGGUCAUGUACGUUGAAGAAUAUAAUUCUUCGUCCAAAUUUAACAGCAAGCGUCUUCAUAGAAUUAAAAGAAAUCAUCCUGCCCGAAACCAAAAAAUAUUGCAGUCGUCAGUACAUGUAUUCUAUAAUACGUCCAUCUUGAUUUUCGUUAGAACCUUGAACCAGCAAAGGUUGUGUAUCGUUAUAAAAAAAGUUGUCCUCUUCAAAAAAAAGUAGACAUUUUUCCGUAUGCGAACAAUAUAUAAACAUUUUAAAAACAACACUUUUC